AUGGGAUCCUCCAACGUUGAACACCCCAAGACGGCCAUCGUCACCGGUAGCGCAAGGGGGAUCGGCAAGGCCAUCGCGCUUAGGCUAGCAAGCGAUGGGUAUGAUGUUACCAUUGCCGAUAUACCGGCCAUGUCGGCGGAGGCAGAGGCAACAGCCAAAGAGAUCGCGGCGCUCGGUCGGAAAUCGUUCGUGGCACUCGGAGACGUGUCUGUUCGGGCAAACGUGGAGUCAAUCGUCGCGCAGCAUGUCGAGAAUGUCGGGCCGUUGUUCACCAUGAUUGCCAACGCGGGGAUUUGCGAGGUGAAGUCGGUGUUGGAAGUGACAGAGGCAGACAUCCGGAAGAUGUACGACGUCAACGUAUUCGGGGUCUUCAAUUGCUACCAGGUUGCUGCUAAGCAGUUGAUCAAGCAGGGUACUCCUGGCCGACUUAUUGCAGCGUCGAGCAUCGUGGGUUUCAAGCCCUUUGCGAAUAUGGUGAAUUACAGUUCCAGCAAAUGGGCUGUGCGGGGUAUGACGCAGGGAUUCGCGAUGGAGAUGGCACAAUACGGCAUCCGAGUUAACGCGUAUGCUCCUGGCAUCCAUGCGACCAAGAUGUGGGAGCAAAUCGAUGGGUCUCUGGGAAAGUUGGAAGGGAGGGAGCAGGGCGAGAGCCUGAAGAAAUAUUCCAAGGACCUCAUCGCUUUGGGUCGGACGGGAGAAUCUGAAGAUGUUGCCAAGUUGGUCUCCUUCCUUGCCAGCGAUGAUAGCGAGUACAUAACCGGGCAAAAUAUUCUCGUCGACGGCGGAAUCGUGUUUACAUAG